AUGGCCGCGAGAAUACUGCUGCUCAAGCGGGCCGCCGCGCCUCUCAUGGCAGCCACCAUCGCCGGACAGACCUUAUAUCCCUCGAGAGUAGCCCAGGCCGAAGCACCACACCCCUACGAGCAGCAUGCACACAAGAAGCCCAUCUACGACGACUUCUCCGAGGAGGCGCCGCUCCCCAAGGCCAGCACGCCCGUCCCGUCCCCAACCUCCGACACCAUACCCGCCUCGCCGCCAUCGCCAUCCCUCCUCCCAGGCUCCGCCGAGCAGACACGCCACAACACGCCGCAACACGGCCCGACACCCACGGACCGGCUCGCCGUGCAGAUCGGCCAAGCGCGGCUCUUCCUGCACCACUACGCCGUCGCGACCGAAGACGCCGUCAACAGCACCAUGGACCAAGCCUUCCACCUCGAGAAAUCGUUCACCACCACCAUCGCGUCGCUGGCGCCCGCGCGCGAGACGGGCGAGCAGCUGAUGCCGGGGCUGGUGUACGUGCUGGUGGCCUCGAUGGCGGGCAGCAUCGUGACGCGCAACCGCAAUUUUGUGCUACGAGCCGCUGUGCCGCUGGCGCUCGGCGUCGGCGCCGGCUGGCUGGUCGUGCCCGUCACCAUGGGGAAUGUUUCCGCGCUGCUGUGGACGUACGAGCGGCGCUUCCCGGCCGUCGCCGAGGCGCACCUGAAGGCGCGGGAAUCCAUUGCGCAAGGCUGGCAUGCGGCACGCGUCCAUGCCGACCUGUCGAAGCACUAUGUUGAUGAGAAGGUCACUACUGCGCGGGAUGUCGUCGAGGGCUGGGUCAAGGAGGGCAAAUGA